AUGGCAUUGGAACCAGUUGAUGUUACUACCUACUCUGCGGAGAUUGAAGAUGCUUAUUUAAAGGUUGUAAAGGGAGCUGAUCCGGAAACUAGGUGGUUAAUAUUGUCUCCAGCUGAAAAGAAGCAAUAUGCUCCACAGUAUACUGGUUCAAAAUUCAGUGACUUUCUAGCCGGCUUCGAUGACGAUAAAGUGCAGUAUGGUAUGGCACGUGUAUCUCCACCUGGCUCAGAUGUAGAGAAGUUGCUUUUGGUUGGUUGGUGUCCCGAUUCUGCUCCUUUGAAAACCAGGGCGUCAUUUGCUUCGAACUUUGGCACCAUAGCCAAUCAGGUGUUAAGGGGCUAUCAUGUACAGGUCACAGCUCGAGAUGAAGAUGAUUUGAGUGAACGUGAGUUAUUGUUGAAGAUCAGUAACGCAGCUGGUGCACGAUACUCAAUUCAGCAGAAAGAGGUUGACAGAGAUCCAUUGCCAACAAAGACCACGUCAGCUCCUAAACCACAGCCUGCGGCUUUUCCUAAACCUGGGACUGCAGCAAAGAAUGUUGAAAUGGAGAAAAAAGUUGAGCCAACAAAACCUUCAACCGCCUUUUCCUCAGUUCCAGUUCAGAAAGUCGAUAAGGAUGAGGAUAACGAUUGGCAUGAACCAGAAAUUCGAGAACGUGAUUUUAACGAGGAGCCACUGAAACCAAAUAAGUCUACAUGGAAGCCAAUUGGCAAAGUUGAUUUGCAAGCUGUUAUUUCUGAGGAAAAGGCUAAGCCAGACCCGAGGUUGGUCAGUUCGGUGUCUCUAGAAUCUUCUAAAAAGAUCAAUGCUUCUGAUGAUAUUGCAAACCUGAAGACUGAAUCCAAGCAGAAGCGUGAAUCUGAAUACAACCAGAUUUUAGGAACGAAGUCUUCAAUGAAGACAGAACAGCUAGAGGCUUCUAGUAAAGGUACGACUUCUCCUCAGAAAGAGGUGGAUAAUUCAGAUCCAGUAUCAGUUGAUAAUCAAGAAUCUGUUAGCAACCUAAGAGGAAAGUUGGAAAGUAUAUCCGUAGAUAACGAACCUGUGAUUAUCAAACCAAACAAAUAUACUUCCUCUACAGUAUCAGAACCUGUAGCUGCUGCACCAAGGGGCUAUAAAAAAGUUGGUAGGCCCUUACCAGGGUUGCAUCAAAACAUUGACGAGCAGGAGAAAGAAGAAGAAGAAGAUGGUGAUGACAAGAAGCAAGAAGAGGAAUCACAGCCUCCCGCACCUCCAUUGGCCCCAAGACCUGUGCCACAAAUACCACAGUCUGUGGAGUCUGUCGAAGAAUCAGAAUCAGAUGAAGAAACAGAAGAAGAGGCUUCAGAGCCUGUGAGAGCUUCGUCGCAACAACCACCUCCACCUCCUGUAAGAAGAGUUGCUGAACAAGUUCGCGAGCCAUCUGCAAUUGCAGAAUAUGAUUAUGAAGCGGGCGAGGACAAUGAGUUAACCUUCAAAGAAGGCGAUAGAAUUAUUGAUAUAGAAUUUGUCGACGACGACUGGUGGUUAGGUGUGUUGAAAAAUACAGGCGAAAAAGGCUUGUUCCCAAGCAAUUACGUCAAAUUACAGCAAUAA